AUGUCACAGAUUUUCUGCAAAAUAAUAUGCAGUUCUUUUGUAAUGGUUGCUGUGCUCUCAAUUGCGUCACAAGGCUAUCCCCAGGAGAGGGAGAGGAGGCAGAGCGAUGGUGAGAGCUCCUGUCCACAAAUAGAGCUCCUCAGAGGAAGGGAUGGAAGAGACGGGAGAGACGGAGCCUGUGGUCCUCCAGGAGAGAAAGGAGAGCAGGGAGAGAGAGGAGAGGUAGGAGAUGGUGGACCUCCAGGAGCACCUGGACCUGCUGGU